AUGGCCGCUCCAAUCAAUGGCACAUCGAAACCGUCAUUUCGUAAAAGUUAUUCAAUCGAGUAUGGAUACAAACCACGAAAACGAACAUUAAUUGCUGAUGCAGAAUUCGAUCGAGAACAGCAUGAUGAAGUUCAACAUAAAAUUCAGCAAAUAACUAUCGAUAACGAAGGGCAAGCGGAAUGUGAAUAUACGAUAUUAGUUACAUUGAAAGAUAAACAAAGUGCAUCGAUUUUAAAUUUGAUUAACACCUUCAAUCGUGAUGGACUUAAGGUUAAUCAUAUGGAAACUCGACCAGCAGCUAGUUCACCGACAAAUAGUGAAGCACCAAAGGGUCUGGAUGUUUUCAUGGAAGUUGUUUGCACAGAUAAACUUAUGGACGAUCUUAAACGAGUUUUGUUCCAAUCGGAUUCGAAAUUUAUCGUUAAAAACAUUAAGGCACAUGCCCGUUCAUCAUCUACGUCAUCAUCAGGUCAAGAUUCGAUAGACAGCAAUGUCAAACCUGCUGCAGAUGAUAUCAUUUGGUUUCCAAUGUCGAUCUGGGAUUUGGAUAAAUGUCACCAUUUACUGACACAUUACCAACCUGAUAUGGAUUCUCGUCAUCCUGGCUUCUCUGAUAAAGCAUAUCGAGCACGACGAGAACAUAUCGCGAAUGUUGCAUUUACAUAUCGGUAUGGUAAUCCUAUACCAGUAGUUGAAUACACACCAGAGGAAGUCAAAACAUGGGCAUUGAUUUACCGGCAAUUGAAAAAAUUAUAUCCCACAACGGCAUGUCAACAACAUGUUCAUGUUAUUAAUAUCUUGGAGAAAGAAGGUGGCUUUUCGGAAGCAGCAAUUCCACAAUUAGAAGAUGUUUCACGUUUUAUGAAACGACGAUCUGGUUUUCAACUUCGUCCCUGUGCAGGUCUGUUAUCGGCUCGUGAUUUUCUUGCUAGUUUAGCAUUUCGAGUAUUUCAAUGUACUCAAUACAUUCGACAUCCUUCAUCACCACUUCAUUCACCAGAACCCGAUGUUGUGCAUGAACUCCUUGGUCAUGUUCCACUUCUAUCAGAUCCAAGUUUUGCGCAGUUUUCACAAGAUAUUGGCUUAGCGUCAUUGGGUGUCAGUGAUGAUGAUAUCGUUAAACUCUCGACACUCUACUGGUUUACAGUUGAAUUUGGUCUAUGUCGUGAAAAUGGACAAGUUCGAGCGUAUGGCGCAGGGCUUCUUUCUUCGUUCGGAGAACUUCAACAUGCACUAUCAUCGAAACCUGAAGUCAAACCAUUCGAACCGGCAACAACUGUUCUUCAAGAAUAUCAAGAUGAAGAUUAUCAACCGAUUUAUUUCUUAGCUGAAACAUUUGAAGAUGCGAAACAAAAAUUACAUAUUUUUGCCAAAUCAUUAAAACGUCCGUAUGAUUUAGUCUACGACGCCCACACACAAUCCUUACAUAUUCUGGAUAAUAUGAAAGUCAUCCAUGAUCUCAGUGCCCAAUUAAAACAAAACAUGAAUAUGCUUGAACACGCACUUAAUCGUCUCAACGAAAACGGGAUCAACUUUCGAGUUAUUUCAUAA